AUGAGCAAACGAUUUGCGACAUUCAGGAGUCGGCGCGGCAAAGCUUGGUAUCGGACGCGGGAAGCACAAAUUGUCCUAGCGAUCUGUGUAGUCUCGCUCAUUGUCAGGCUGUGGCAUAUCGGAUACCCGACCUCGGUCGUAUUCGACGAGGUCCAUUUUGGUGGGUUCGCUUCCAAAUAUAUCAAGGGUCGGUUCUUUAUGGACGUGCAUCCGCCAUUGGCAAAGAUGUUGAUUGCGUUGGUAGGGUGGCUCUUUGGACUGGAUCCCAGCUUUGACUUUAAGGAGAUCGGACUGGACUAUCUCGGACCAAAGGUGCCGUAUGUGGCUAUGAGGAUGUUCUGUGGUCUCAUGGGCGUCGCAGUAGUGCCUAUGGCAUUCUACACGGUCAAGAACUCGGGUCAUUCAUUACACGCGUCAAUCCUGGCCGCUGUGCUUGUACUUUUUGAGAAUGCGAUCGUCACACAAAGUCGUCUUAUCUUGCUGGACUCGGCAUUGAUCUUCUUUACGGCCUUCACUGUGCUGGCAUGGACCAACUUUCACAACCAACGAAAAUAUCCAUUCUCGGAUGAGUGGCUCAUCUGGCUAUUUCUCACAGGAUUGGGACUGGGGCUGGCAUGUAGUGUCAAAUGGGUCGGACUCUUUAUUAUCGCCACCAUUGGUACUUCUACUAUCAACCAACUUUGGCUGUUGUGGGGCGAUCUAAGAGUCACUCCUCGGGUGUGGUUGGAUCAUUUCGCCGCUCGUGCGUUCUGCUUGAUCCUGGUCCCAACAGUGGUGUACAUGUUCAUGUUCGAGAUUCAUUUCCUGGCGCUGGCAUCCUCAGGAGACGGCGAUGGUUUUAUGAGCGCACCAUUCCAGAUGACCUUGGGCUAUUCUCUGCAGGAUUCGCCAUUACCUGUUGCAUACGGAGCAACUGUCUCGAUCCGCCACCUGGGCACUCAAGGCGGAUAUCUCCACUCUCAUUCUUCCAAUUAUGAGACAGGGAGCAAACAACAACAAAUUACGCUGUAUCCACACAAGGACAGUAACAACGACUGGAUCAUUCAAAAGAGAGACGGAACAGUUCCCGACGCACUCGAAUUUCUAAAGAACGGCGAUUAUAUCCGACUCAUGCACGUCCCGACCUCCAAACGCCUGCAUUCGCAUGACCAAAAGCCGCCAAUGACUGAGACCGAAAACCACUUUGAGGUCAGCGGAUAUGGCGACCCGGGCUUCGCAGGAGAUUCGAACGAUGAGUGGCGAGUUGAGAUUGUGGACUAUGAGGGCAAAGACAAGACUGCGGGCGAGAAAAUGCACACUUUGCGGUCGAAGUUCAAGUUGGUCCAUGCCAAUAUGUACUGCGAUCUAUUCUCGCAUAAGGUCAAGCUGCCAAAGUGGGGAUUUGAACAGCAAGAGGUGACAUGCAUGAGAAGUGCAGUUCUUGCCAAGACCACUUGGAUGAUCGAAACGAAUUCCUACAGCGGCUAUCCGAAAGAUGUGCCUAUGGUGAAUUAUAAGAAACCAGGAUUCUUUGGCAAGUUUUGGGAGCUGAACAAGGUCAUGUGGACUACCAAUGCAGGCCUGACGGACUCGCAUCCAUAUGACUCUCGGCCCUCUUCGUGGAUCUGGCUGAGGCGCGGUAUCAGCUUCUGGGGCAAGGAGCAGAAGCAUAUUUACCUCAUCGGAAACUGGUUCACAUGGUACCUAUCCACGUUCUCUAUCGUCCUCUAUGCGGCCAUCAGGGUUCUCUUGGUCCUCCGCGAUAAGCGGGGUUAUCGUGAUAAUUUCAAAGGUCUUCGCGACUACUACGAACUCUCAGGCGGCUUCUUCUUUAUGGCAUGGUGCUACCAUUACCUGCCCUUCUUCCUCAUGGGCCGCCAGCUCUUCCUGCACCACUACCUGCCAGCACUCUACUUUGCAAUCCUUCUUCUCUGCGUCACCUUCGAUCUGGGCUGCCGCUUCAUCCCCAACCGAUAUCGGCUGGCGGCUCUGUUCAUCGUCUCCCUGACCGCAAUCAUGGUCUUCCGUGCACGAGCUGCAUUGGCCUAUGGAUCUGAAUGGACGAGAUCACAGUGCGAGACGUCGAAACUGCUCAAGACCUGGGAUUAUGAUUGUUACCAGUAUCCGGAGACCUAUUCACAGUACCAUCCGUACACGAACACGAAUGAUGCGAAUGUGGUAAAUCGGGCAAUUGAACCCCUGUUGUCAUCAGACAAGCCGCAUGAUUUUUUGGAGGGGUUAUUGCCUCGCCAUCCUUUGACGGAGGAAGAGAAGAAUCAGAAGGAAUCGACGGGAGACAGUGUAAAGAAGGUGGAUGAUGGAGGACAUGCUUCAGGAAAUCAGGAGAAGAAGAAGGAUGAGAAUGCGGAGCAAAUUGUGGAAGAGAAGGUCGGAGAGGAUGGGGAUGAUGAAGAUGAUGAGGUGCCUGAAGGAAACCUGAAGAUUGAGGAAGAUGAAGAGCAGGACGAAGAGGUAGUGGGCGAGGACGAGGCAGGCGACGAUGUCGAGCUCGUUGCCGGUGUAGUUGAUCCAUGA